GGACCUCAGCUGAAGGCCAGACAACAAGCCGAAUAGCUAUCCAACAGUUGAAAUUAAUGACUCCUUGCAUAGUUUUAGCUGGCCCUGUUGGGCUUGGAUUUGGUUAUAUGAGUGCAAAAGGAGAAAAUGUCUUUCCGGCUAUUAGCCCCACCUUGUCUAGCUUGCUCCUGAUUGCCAGUUGCCUCAUUUACUCCUAUAGCGGACAGCUGGAUGCCUUUUGUUCUGGCGGUAUUCUUUUAUCUUGCGGAGCUUCACUUGGAGUAGUCAUUCAAUGGAUUAUACAGGUUCUAUUGCUAAGAGGAACAUGGCAUGAAGUUAUUUCAGAAUCAUGGACUGACGAAUUGAAGAGCGGGGAUAUUUAUGGCCUUUUCUCGAUUCUGGUACCAGCAAUAUUCAAUUCAGGCUUGGCACAAAUAGCAUCAUUUACUGACCUCUGUUUCGCAUCUCAUUUUGCUGGUGCAGCUGCAGGUCUUUCAUAUGCUUUUCUUUUGGUCAUGGCACCUUUGGGUUUACUCUCAAGCAUUGUUAUACUGCCUCUUUUGCCCACAUUUUCAGGACUGAUAAAGACAGAGUCAUGGCCAACCCUAAUAGAGAAGAUAAACAGAGGUGUCCUGCUUUGCAUGGUGGUUCUCUUGCCGAUUAUUUCUGUCAUGAGUAGCUUAGCUGAUCCUAUCAUCCAUGUCUUGUUUGAGCGAUAUGCAUUUGAUUCUUCGGCAAGUGCUUUAGUUUCUUCUCUUUACCUUUUCUAUUCUCUUGGGUCACCAUUCUUGAUUGUCAGAGAAUUGGUAGUUGCAGUGUUUUAUGCCUUUGGAGAUGGGCUGAGGCCUUUCCUGGUUAGUAUUGGAGCCAUUGCGCUAAAUGCUAUCUUGGAUUGGUUCUUUGUUCACAGAUUACACAUUGGAGUGCAAGGAUUGGCACUUUCAACAUCACUCACAGCUGCCUUGUCUCUCAUUACUCUGAUCCAUCUUCUUCGAAGGAAGGUUGGAGGGCUUUUCCUCCUUCAUGAAUUGAUAAGUCCUGGUUUGUUUCUAUGCUUCUGUUGUGUCAUCUCAAGCUUUGUUUCGUCCUUCAGUUAUGAAAAUAUCUCCAAAAUUUUCCUCUCCGAGUUUAUGACAAGGUUAUCUAGGAUCCAAGAACUCUACUGCAUAGUAUCAGCUGCUGCUCUUGGAAUUAUUGGCUUCUUUGCUCCUCUUGUGUUAGUAUUAUAUUUUUCUAGAUAUAAGUUGGAGCAUAAUAAUAACUUGAAAUGAAAAGAAAUGUUAAUGCACAGUUCCUUAGUAUUUGGUCCUAAACUACUUGUUCUAUUCAUUUAAGAUUGAAGAAUUCAAACAAUUCAAAAUUUUGAUGCUCGUUGGAACAUCAUACCAUUUAAAUUGGCGUAAUUUUCUGAGACAACCUCCCAAUACGUUACAAUUUUACUGAUAGUGUCAAACAUUUGAAGAUUAACAUAUUCUGGCAAUGCUCGUUGCCGUUGCCUGAUUUUGCGGCAUUAGCUGAUGAGUCCACCACAGUUCCUUGUUUGCUUCUUGUCUUGCCUCUGCUGAAAAUGGACACAUCUACAACUAGAAUUAGACGUUUUGUUAGAAUUAAUUUGUAGACACUCUUGAUUCCUGUUGUUAUAUACUUUUGCAUACAUUUAUCCCAGACUUGCCUGAUCAGAUGCAUUUGGGAU